ACAGAAAACACUGGAAAUAGCCUUGUCUCAUGACCUAGAAGUAGCAAUAGAGAAUCUAAAGGGAAACAGAGAUAGAUCUCUGGAAAGAUAAAGUUUAGUGUGUUUAUUUUUCUUCCAGGGCUCCAGAUAGUUGCCUUGGCAGGCAGACUGCUCUAAAACUGCCCCCCUUCUGAGGACUCAGAGGUGUUUACAGAAAUCGAAAGUUCCAGCAGUACAUUUCCAUGAGCUCAUUACCACUUCCUUUAGAUUUUGCAUGUACGAGGGAAUAUUCAUGCAGUAUAAACCCCUGCUUUGAGCUUUUGUUUUAAUUACAAACAAAGCAGCACAAGUCAAAUAUGUGAAUACUGCAACGUCAGAGCAUCUUUUUAGAAUCCUUGCUUUGGUCACUAUUAUUGAAAGCAACCCCAAUGCCAUUUCUUGCCUGUCUCUUUAUGCUAAUCGGCCUGGCCCACUCAGCUCCUCCCCCUUCCAGCCUCCCUUAAGAACUGUUCACUUUCAGCUGUCACGGAGGGUAACUUAAACCAGGCUUAGAAUCACUUGAUUUAACUCAGCAGCACUUUUUUUUUUUUUCUUUGUGUAUGUAUGACUCUAGCAGACAUCUCUAAAUACUCAGGACAUUAGAUUUCAAGUCCGCAGAGAGAGUCGAAAAUUGCAAAACUGUAAUCUGUUAGGAAGAGUUACUUUGCAGGAUUUUAUAUUAUAAGGGGGCAUGUUUCAAUGUGCUUUUAAAUGGAAGAAGAAUUAAUUGUGCUUUUAUCCAAAUGAAUUGGCAUCUUUAUAUGCAGAAGAAGCUACAAGUUGGUAAACACAUAUUUUAAGAAUCAUGACUAGGAAACAUUUGAAAAUUCAUUAGAGAAGUAAAUAUUUUUCCAUGCAAGGACAGGAUCUGCCUAUACCUCUGUGGUUCUGGGUGUUGUGUGAAGACCACUGCAGGUGACUGGCCAAGGGAAGGAAAUACCCUAGUGAUACGGGAGCCACAGCCGUACUGCCAGCACCAUGUCUACCAUACAAAGCAAAGGCAGCAGCCACCUGUUCAACAGUUUGCACACCUGUAGAUGGAAACUUCCAGAGGACCAGCAACAUCAAGAAAAAUCUGUCAUUGCUCAACCAAUAUUUGUUUUUGAAAAGAGAGAACAAAUUUUAAGCUUUGUUUCCUUCCAGAGACCUGCAGAAGACACCCUGCAUGAAGCAGCAGAACGUGAGUGUAAUGAUUUUUCAAGAAAGCGUGUCCGGUCCUCAUCUUUUCCUUUGCACGCUACAGAUUCUCAGUCCCAAGGAGUUUCUGCAUUAAGCAUCGUCAUCCUUGUCCUGAAGCGACUGAGAUCAUCAUCCUUCACGGACCUUCCCACCUUCCCCCAUUCUGGGCCAGUGAAGAAAAACAAUGUUUUUAUGAUACCAACUUUUGUGCAAAGAAAAAUUGAUACGAACAGUGCUGAACAAGGUCCUGUGAAAAAUUCUGAACAUGUUCUGAGACCUGCUAUUUUACAGCCACCUCAAGCUCAAAGAUGUGUAAGAUUUGGACACAAUGUGUUGGAGUCCUGCAAGACUACAGAAAAAAAUAAAAAUAGGAUUUCUGAGGGUAACUCAUAUUUGCUAAGUGAAAAUGUACCAAGUGCCAGAAUUUCAGUCCAGCAGGCUACUAACCAGAAUGUUUUAGGUGCUACAUCAGUAGGAUGUCAACCAAAUGAAGAUAAGCAUUCUUUUAAAAGUUGCAGUUCUGAUUUCAUUUUUGGAGAAAACAUGUUAGAAAGAGUUUUGGGUAUUCAAAACCUCACCCAGUCUCACCUUGAAAAUGAUUCGUACAUCAAGGAAAAGCCAUUCAAAUUCACUCUAAAAUUUCCUAUCAACUCUCCAAACUCAAGAAUAGACUCUACUAAAGAUAUAUCCCUCAUUGAAUCAGCUGCUGCUUUCUCUUCUAAACCCUCACCAAAAUAUUUGCUGGAGAAAAUUGAUGUUAUAACAGGGGAGGAAGCAGAACACAAUGUGUUAAAGAUCAAUUGCAAGCUUUUUAUAUUCAACAAACCAGCACAAUCCUGGAUUGAAAGGGGAAGAGGAGCUUUGAGACUGAAUGACACAGCUGGCAGUGACUGUGCAACAUUCCAGUCAAGACUAAUUAUGCGAAAUCAAGGCAGCCUGAGGCUGAUUCUCAACAGCAAACUCUGGGCUCAAAUGGAGAUUCAAAGAGCAAGCCACAAAAAUUUACGAAUAACAGCUACUGAUUUAGAAGACUAUCAUAUCAAAGUGUUUUUAAUUCAGGCCAGUGCCAAAGAUACAGGACGCUUGCACACAGCCAUACAUCAUCGUCUUGUUGCACUUCGAAGCUUUGAAGAGCAGAAAGAUGCAAAUCAAGCUGAAAGCCAGUCAGAAACAGUCCUCCAACAGUUAAGCUCUGAUAGCUGUGAUGAGGAUGAGGAUGAUCUCAGCCAAGUCACCAAAACCAGAUCAGACUCUUCUAGGUGGACCCACAGACAGUCAGUUGUCUGUCCAUGAGUGCUACCUACUGUAAACAAGACAACAUCUACAAAAAGAUCACCUUCCUGAAAAAAACUAAACCACCUAAGUAAAUGAGAAGAUCUAUUCAUUCCUUGAACAGUUGUUAUAGAAAGCUCAAAAAAUAUAAUUUGCUGCAAUUAAAAUCUUUGUCUUAUGUAGUCUAAUAAUUCUGAGGUUUUAUAUUUUGAUCAUUGAGGAGAAAAUGACAGAAUUUAAGAAAUACACAGCCUUUGGACCUUCCAAAUUUAUCACUUUUAAAGCAGUUAAUUUAGAAUAGGAUUUGGUAACGAAUUUGGACUCUUCGUCACAUUGAUGGAUACAAUAAUUAAAAUUUCAAAUCACUAGAUUUGAUAAAUAUUUAACUGAAAUUGUUUAUUUUUGUCAUAUGUUAUCUGGCCAUAAAAUAUAGCAUUUUACAAAACUUCCAAAGUCAUUUCUUUGAAAAACAUUACAACUGCAUGAUGACAUCUCAUAAAAUCAUGUUUUCUCCUGGGAAAUGUGUAUUUUCAUUUUACUUUUGGAUUUCUUAAUUCUGUAAGAUUACAUAUUCAUGAUAUGAAUUCCUUUAAAAAGAGGAUCUGUUCUUGCACUUGUAUCUACUGCACCUUAUAUAUGCUUAACUCAUGGUCAGUAUUGAUAGUUGUUGAGAAUGAACAAAAUACAUUACCUAUGUAUCCAAAUAGUAAGUAAACAAAAAGUGAAAUAUGUUAACUUGUUCUUUGCUUGAUUUAUGUAAUAAAAUUGUCAUUAAUAUUCUA